AUGGGCGGUGUCGACGUCCACGAACAGCUUCGUAUGCAGCGCUACAGUGUACAGCUGUGCUACAAAACGCGCAAGUACUAUAAGACGCUGUUUCUGGGGCUUCUAGAUAUGGCGCUCGUGAACGCAUUUAUCGGGUACCGCUACAACAAGAAGGUGAACAACAAGCGGCCACCGAAGCACUACGCCUUUUUUGAAGAGCUGAUGGAGCAGCUCCUGGCCGUGGACUCCGACAUUGUUUUCACAGAGAUUGAGGUAAGAUAUACGUCGGGGCAAGAUGGAGCAGUUCAUGACGGCCAUUAUCUUGGGGAGAAUUCUGAUACUGUCGACGGGGAGCGGGGAGUCAAACGGCGUCAGCGCUCGUGCAAGGUGUGCGCCGUGUUCAAGGCCAAGCCGCGAAAGUUUACGAAGUACUUUUGCCCGGAGUGCUCCGCGGGCAACAAACGCAAGUACUUGUGUAAUGUAGUCCGCGAAGGAAGAGCGAAGACGUGCUUCCAGAUCUGGCACGCAGAUAGGGACAACGGAAACGACAUCCCGCGCCAUCUACUUCAAGAGCACAAGGAUCGCGACCGCCCCCCACCUUCGCGCCCACGAAAGAAGCGACGCCGCGUCAGUCAAGCGCAGGGAGCGGUGGUGAGCCAAGCUGACGCUGUCUCGGAGGUGGAGGAGGAAGCUGGAGGAAGCAAGAAUGCUGAUAGUGCGGGGGAAGGCAUGGCUGACGACGAGUUGUAG